ACUUUAUGUCCUUGAACCCUGUUGUACCAGCAACUCUCAGGAUCCUGACCGAAACAGAUAAAUUUGAAAUUGACAAGAAUGGCGUCAUUUCAACCAAAGUCAAGCUGGACUAUGAAAGUCACAGAAACCACUCUAUAAGCAUCUCCAUUUCAGACGGCAUGUCUGAGGACCUGGGCAAUGUCAUUGUGAAGGUUGUUGACAUCAAUGACAACAGCCCUGUCUUUGCAGGGAGCUACCCUGAUGUCGCUCUCCCAGAAGCAGCAGAAAAUGGUACUGUAGUUGCUAACAUGGUGGCCAUGGAUGUGGACGAUGGCUUCAACGCUGAAAUCAGUUUUGCCUUACAAGGCAGUGAAGGGAUUUUUGACAUAGAUCCCAGGACUGGACAGAUAACUUUGGUGAAAGAACUGGACAGAGAAGUGAAGGCAAAGUACAACUUGAUAGCAAUUGCAAGAGACCAGGGCCAGCCCUCCAAGUCCAGCACAGUUGCCUUCGGGGUCAAUGUUGUAGAUGUCAAUGACAACUAUCCAGUGUUCAGCCUUGCCAGAUAUGAGGUAGAAAUACCCGAAGACAUGAGUGUGGGGAAUGCAGUGCUCAAUGUCACAGCAGUGGACUUGGAUGAGGGUCCUAACUCUGUAGUGGAGUACAGAAUUGUUGGGCAGACACCCAGUGAUCCUUUAGUCUUCACUCUGGACCGUGUUUCCGGGGCACUGAGCCUCAGCUCACCCCUGAAUUUUGAGAUUGUGAGGCAGUACAUCCUGACAGUGGAAGCCAAAGAUGGGGGAUCACCCAGCCUUCAGAGCACAUGUUCUGUGCUAAUCCGAGUGCUUGAUGUGAAUGACAAUCCACCUCAGUUUGAUGAGGAUGAAUAUCACAUCUCUGUCUAUGAAACCAUACCAAGUGGGGCUGCUGUUUUUACAGUCAGUGUUACAGAUAAAGAUGAGGAUGGGUUUUCAAAAGGACACUUCAUUCUAAACAGCAGUACGUUUAAUAUGAACAACCAGGGCACUUUGUCAUUGAACAGUGAUGCCUCCUUGGACAGAGAAGAAAAGAGCAAUUAUAUUCUAAUGGUAAGAUGCAGACAUCAGCUCAGUUUUAGUUCUCAUUAUAUGUUUGAUGGGACUUUAGUUGCUGUGGCACCCCUAGAUCGAGAGAUUAAAGAUUUGUAUGAGAUGGUAAUUGUGGCUUCUGAUAAUGGAAUACCACAAAGAAAGAAUGUCACUGAUAUCAAAAUCAAGGUCACAGACAUCAAUGACAACGCUCCUAAAUUCACAAAAUCAUCCUACACUGGGAGUGUGCUUGUGGCCAAUGCAAAAGAGGGAGACAAAGUCUUAACAGUGUCUGCUCAGGACCCAGACAUUGGAAACAACUCCAAAAUUAUUUAUAGGUUCUCCAAUGUCUCACCUCACUUAAACCUGGAUGGUGAUACUGGGGUAAUCUCACUGGCCUCUGACCUGUCCAGUGUGACUGAGAACACUAUGAUCAAUCUCACUGUCAUUGCCUCCGACCAUGGAGAAGUUCCACUCAGCUCAGCAGUACAUCCCUUUGUAUAA